ACCAAGGUAGAAAUAUGGCCACACAUGGACUUCAAGGUUUCCAGUUCCAACUUGCUUCAAAGCCACAACAUCACCAACAACUCGAGGUGCCAACAGAGUCAUACCAUAUUAUUGCUUCUAAGCCACAACAUAAUCAACAACUCGAUGUGCCAACAGAGACAUACCAUGUAUCAUGGCCAGAGCCUGAGACAAACCAUGAAAAGGAAUAUGUUCCAGAGAAUUCAUUUAACAUAGAAUCUCAAAUUGAACAAACUACAAACCAAGCUUUUCCUGAGGGUGUUAACAGUGAUUGUUCUUUGGCAAUUGAGCAAGAUAAUGGGGUCCAAAUAGUUGUCAUUGGAACAGUAUAUAUUGGGAAAGGAUCUGAAGUGGUCAAGCAUCAUUUCAAACCUGUGCUGAGUGGUUGUUACCAAGUUUGUAUUAAAGAAGGAAUUGACAUAGGUGCACCUUUGCCUUUUCCAGAAGGAAAAAUCACAUCUGUGUGUGAAGGAAAAGAUCAUUUUCUUCUGUGGCCAGCUCACUUGGUUUAUCCAAUAGAGAAGGUUCACAAACAACCUGUGAAAGAGAGCAUCACACCUUCUACUCAUUCUAUACUAUCACAAUCAUCAUCCACCAAGUAUGUGAUCACUCCUGAGGAGAAAUUGAAGUUGACCACCAGUUUGGUGCGCGUUUGCAGGAAGUUAGCUAUUGAAAUGAAAAAGAGUGGAAAAACCAUACCUAUCAAAAUCCCGAAGAAUGUGUUUUAUAAUGAGCAGGAAAUUACCAUUGAUUAUGAAGAUAUGCGUGAUUGGUGCUUUGAAAGAAAGAUAGGAACAAGUCAUAUGUCAACUUUUAUGAUCAUGCACUGGAUGUUGGCGGUGAUUUGUCCAUGGGUUGGAUUAGUACAUUGGCUAGAUCCAGCAGGAGCAGAAUUUCAACCUUGUCAAUUUGCUCAAGAUAUCAUCAAUAAGGCAAUUUUGAGAUUUAACUUGGAGUACCGAGCAGAAAUUAAGUGGAAUAAGAAUUCAGCCAUUAAAUGGAAACAAGUAGAGUGCCCUCGUCAAGAUUUCGACUUCGAUUGUGGAUAUUAUGUUUGUCGUUACAUGCUAAAGACAAUUCAAUCUAGAAACUCAUAUGUACCAGAAAAGUAUUUUGACAAAGCUCCUGUCAAAUAUUCUCAACAAAUGAUCGACGAGAUUCGAGACAUGUGGAUCUUAUUUGUUACAAGACAUCAACCAGCCGAGGAGGACGAUGAUGAUCAGUUUGAGUUGUAAGUGGGCAGUACAUAUUAAGUACCUUAGGAAUAUAUUUUGGAUAUCUUGUAUAUGUGUUAAUUAGAUUUGGAAUGGAACUAGAAUGGACUUUGUUUUAGAACAAACUAGAAUGAAACUUUUGACCAUGUAAAUAUUUCUGAUGAAUGAAAUUUUUUUUUUUGGGAAAGUUGUGCAGUUGUAUUUAUUCUAUAAGAAGCAGGUUGUAUUUAUUUUUAAACAUAGCAGGUUGUAUUUUAUUUUUAUGCAAAGCAGGGUGUAUACAGGGCAAUAUUGCAUUUAAAAAAUUACCCAAAAAUGGGAAACCAAUUUUAUUAUAUUCAUUAUUUUUUUUAAUUUAAAAAAACAAAAAGAUCGAUGCCCUAUUUCGUAAACAAAAAAAAAUCAAUAAUCAUUUUAAUUAAAAAAUGAGAAAAAGCUAGAGAACGCCUAUCUAAGAUAGGAGUUUUCUUUGUUAAUAUAUAUAGAGCGCCUAUCACUAGUUAAUCGUUCUGUUUUCCUUGUUUUUUAUUCCUUUUUUACACAAAAUAGAGA